GCCGCCGUCUCGUUUCGAGGCCGUUGGGCCGUUCGUGGCCUCGCCAGGGUAGUUCGCCGCGAUCACGUUGUCGAUGCGGGUUGCUUCGCCGCUUAUCUGCACCUACGCCGGCCUUCGCUUCAUUUCCUGCUCGGCCGUCGAUACCGGUGCACGCCUGCUCCUCCUUUAAAUAUGAGCGAUCCUCUCGUCCGUCCAGGCGCUCGUUCGGCACCGCUGGACCGCUCCAUUGCGUUGUGGGCGACCAACGGGCGCGGUCAUUUCGUCAAGGAGGACAACCUGGCGUCAGGCUGCGCCGACUAUGUGGCCAACCACAGCGGUCCGCUUCACCCCGUGCUCGCGAAGUUGUGUCAGGAGACCCAGAAGCAGCACUUUCGUGUAAUGAUGAGCGACACAGCGGAGCUUCAACUCUUCAACAUCUUCCUCAAGGCCAGUGGAGCCAGAAAUUACCUGGAAAUCGGUGUAUUCACCGGUGUAAGUGCACUAGCGGCUGCCCUGGCGCUUCCACCAGACGGCCGAGUCACCGGACUGGAGAUCAACGCGGAAACCGUGAACGUCGGGAGGCCAUUUUGGAAAGAGGCUGGCGUCGACGGCAAGAUUGACAUCAUUAUUGGCGACGCAAAGAAGUCCCUAGAUGAUCUGAUCGCUCAAGGCAAAACAAACUUCUUCGACUUCAUUUUCAUCGACGCUGACAAGAACUGCAUGGAUGAUUACUACGAAAGGAGUCUGCAGCUCGUCAGACGCAACGGCAUCAUCGCUGUCGACAAUGUCCUGUGGCACGCGCGAGUGUUCGACCCAGCCAUCGACGACCCCGAGACGGAGGCCAUCCGGCGGCUGAACCGCAAGCUGGCGACCGACGAACGCGUCGAGAUCAGCUUCCUCACCGUGGGCGACGGCGUCACGUUCGUCAAGAAAUGAACGCAGCCACGGACAACGCCCAACGUCACUCUUAAUACCACACUCACACGUGUAUAGCACUCUCGAUCACGAUCUAUAGCCUGACGUGGAUCGAAUUUCUCAGUUAGCCUCCUUUGCAGAAACCGAAGUAGGAAGUCAAUUGCGAUCGAUAAUUUGAUUCCGAUCAAGCACGAUCACGAUCGAAAGUACGCACGUCUGGGGUAAAAUAUCUAUCCAAGCUCAAGGCCUCGCGCCGGUGAUCGACCGGUGAUCGACCUUGGACCAAGGACGGCCACUGUCUACGGUUGCAUAUGCACUGAAUGACCAACUGCGCACAGAAACACUUUGUCACCGCUGCGAUGUAGCGGCUACCAUGACCUUUGUAUAAUACAACAAGAACAGAGGCGCCGUUUAUCGUGCAUACAGUGAACGGCGCCGCCACUAUGAAAGAACGCGAAAUAUUACGUUCAGUAUUAAAGAACAUUCCGUUUGCUGCUUUUC